AUGUCUGACAGCGGAAGCGAUUUGGCGGCGGUUGCUAUGGGUGGGCACGGGAGAGCGCAGCGCACUGAUUGGCCGGCGCUUGGCGGGCCGCGCCGCGAUUGGCUGCUUUCUCCCCGUGGGGGGCGUGGUUCCUUUGCCGCCCGGGCGCGGCCGUGGCGGUGGCGGCCGGGCCGGGCCCGGCGGGCGAAGGCGGCGGCGGUGCCGGGCCGGGCCCGGGGCUCGGAACCCGGGACUCGAUCAUGGAGUUUCCCUUUCGACCUGGCCCCGGUGCUGGGCGAUCGCUUCUGCGUGGUGGAUCAGCACCUGCGGCCCGCGGGGCGCGGCGGCGGCUCCGCCAAACGGGAGGAGCUGGAGCAGCAGCUGAGGACGGUGAUCGAUGAGCUGGGCAAGGCCUCGGCCAAGGCCCAGGGCCUCUCCACGCCCGUGACCAGCGCGGCGCGGAUGGAGAGCAACAGGCACGUGCUGUACAUCCUCAGGGACACCCGGUCCCCCCGGGGUGCCGUGCUGGGCUUCCUCAAGGUGGGCUACAAGAAACUCUUCCUGCUGGAGCGGGACGGGUCCCACGUGGAGGUGGAGCCUCUCUGUGUCCUGGAUUUUUACAUCCACGAGUCCCAGCAGCGCCGGGGGCUGGGCCGGGAGCUCUUCCGGGAGAUGCUGCAGCGGGAGCGGGGGGCAGCCCCAGAAGCUGCCUGGGGACAGACCCUGAGGGGGGAAAAUUCAAUUUUAAUGGGGAAAAUGGGAAUUUUAAUGUAGAAAAUUGGAAUUUUA